AUGACAAUGCUGAUAUCACUGGAGAGCUAUGGAAAGAACGCAAUGCGACUUUCGCGUACGUGCGAGUGUGAUCGAUCGAUUCGCUCGGAUCAGCCAGCCAUGGCGAGGCGGCCGUCGUCGUUCCGGUUGCUGGACCUCGUCCGGCCGUUCACGCCGCUGCUGCCGGAGGUGCGUGAGCCCGGCCGCCGCGUCCCGUUCCGGCAGAAGCUCGCCUGCACGGGGGCGUCGCUCUUCGCGUUCCUCGCCUGCAGCCAGCUCCCGCUCUAUGGGCUCCACAGGGCGGCGGCCGCCGCCGGCGCAGACCCGUUCUACUGGGUGCGCGCCAUCCUCGCCUCCAACCGCGGCACCGUCAUGGAGCUCGGCAUCACCCCCAUCGUCACCGCCGGCACAGUCGUCCAGCUCCUCGUCGGCUCCAACGUCGUCCGCGUCGACUCCGCCAGCUGCGAGGACCGCGCGCUCCUUACCGCGGCGCAGAAGUUGCUCUCCGUCGUGAUCACCGCCGGCGAGGCCACGGCAUACGUGCUGUCCGGGGCGUACGGGAGCGUCGGCGACCUCGGCGCCGGCAAUGCCAUACUUAUCGUCCUGCAGCUCAUGUUCGGCGGCAUGAUCGUCAUCUUGCUCGACGAGCUCCUCCAGAAGGGAUACGGGUUCGGCUCCGGCAUCUCCCUGUUCACCGCCGCCAACACCUGCGAGAGCAUCGUCACCAGGGCGCUCAGCCCGGCGACGGUGAACCGUGGGCGUGGCGCCGAGUUCGUCGGCGCGAUCACCGCCGCGGCGCACCUGCUGGCGACCAGGGCCGACAAGCUGUCCGCCGUGCGGGAGGCCUUCUUCCGCGGCGGCCUCCCCGACCUGUGCGGCCUGGCCGCCACAUGCGUCGUCUUCCUCGCGGCCGUCUACCUCCAGGGAAUGCGCGUGACGCUGCCGGUGCGGCCGCGGAACGCGCCGCGCGGGCACCACGGCGGCGCCUACAGCGUCCGCCUCCUCUACACCUCCGGCAUGCCCGUCGUGCUCCUCUCCUCGGCGGUCUCGUCGCUCUACCUCGUCUCCCAGGCGCUGUACCGCCGCUUCGGCGGGAACUUCCUCGUCGACCUGCUCGGAAGGUGGACGGACGCCGCCGCCGGCCACUCCGUCCCCGUGGGCGGCAUCGCCUACUACAUGACCACGCCGCCGAGCAUGGCCAGCGCGGUGGCGAACCCGCUCCACGCCGCCUUGUACGUGGUGUUCGUCCUUGCGGCGUGCGGGAUGCUCUCCCAGGCGUGGGUGCUGGUGUCCGGGUUGUCAGCGAGGGACGUGGCGAGGCAGCUCCGGGAGCAGCAGAUGGUGAUGCCGGGGAUGCGCGAGGCGAGCAUGCAGAGGGAGCUGGAGCGGUACAUCCCGGCGGCGGCGGCGCUGGGCGGCGUGUGCAUCGGCGCGCUGACGGUGGCCGCGGACAUGAUGGGCGCCGUCGCCUCCGGCGCCGGGAUGCUGCUCGCCGUAAGCACCGUGUACCAGUUCUACGAGUCCUUCGAGAAGGACAGGGAUCAUUAAGAUGGUAGAGAGAUUUUGAAUAUUAUUUUAUUGGUAUUCCGUUCGUAAAUUCGAAUUUUCUUUCGAAAAAUAGACUAUUCAUCUCUGUUUUAUUUGUAUUGAGUUUAGUCAGUGUGCGCACAAUUUUGACGUGAUAGCCCAUGAAUUCAUUGCUUAAGGCCGCAGCCGCCGAGGAUUGGGCUGGGUUGGGCUGAAACAUCUGAUUCUUCGUAUCCCAAAACAUAAGUAAAUUCCAGCUUCUAUCUA